GUCCUCAAGCAAGCUCGCAAAUACAACGACACAAGCUACUUUACUUGUGCCAUGUCCCGGUUGAAAGCCGCUCGUACAGAAGGCUAUGGCUACGUGUCUCGCGUUGAUGGAGAUCAGCGCCUGAUGGUGCACGAGACGCAAGAGACCUUCUUUGAUGAAUUGUGCGCAAAGUACGAGCUUAAGUCGCUCCAAGACGCUGCUACUCUUGGAUGGCUCAAACUUGUCAACGCUGAUCCUAAGCUUCCAGUCUUGGAAAAGUAUAUACUAGCCUCCGAAGACUCUGAUUGUCUUUCAAGCUUGCGCGGCCUGCGUGAAGGCAUCGUCGCAUCUGGACGCAAAGAUGCAUUCACUACAGAUGUGUUUGAGCGCAUAGCUCUGUUCUCCAUCAUGCGCGAUCAUGUCGAGUCUUACAGACCUUCUGUCAAGUACUUGCUUGAUCAGCUCUACCCAAAGCUAGAUCUAUUGGAAAGUGAAAAUGCACAACAUGUCCGUCGCUGGUAUCUGCUUCACUUGGUUUGCGUCACGGGUGACUUUCCGGAACUCUAUCGAUGCCGGCUCGAUAUGCGAGCAGACAGUGGUCUUGCAGAUCUCGUUCUGGGCUGCCUACUACAUGGCAACUAUGCCCGGUGGCAUAAGCUUUACAAUACACAAGCCAAUGCGGUUGAGCAACGCCUCAUGAGUCGUUCUUAUGAUCGGAUAUCAAAGCAUACUUUGGGAGUUCUAGGCGCGGCGUACAUGUCGGCUUCAACGACGUGGGUGGAGGAUCUUGUGCAGAAUCAAGACCUCAUUGUCGAACACGCACAGGAAUACGGCUGGACAGUCGAGGGCGAUAGACUCAAUACGAGACGUCCGAAAAAGAUAGUGGCAUGAAAUGGCAUUUUUGUAGCAAAGUGUAGCGCAGCAUCCUUGAUUACUUCUUGCCCUUCUUCAAAGCUUCGGCAGCAGCCUUGUUCUUUUUGGCAUCUUCGGCUUGUUUCUUCUUGAAGGCCAAGUCAGUGUCAUCGAGUUCGGCAUCCUUCUUUUUUGGCUGCUUGAGCGGCUUGAGCUUUCCUCCCUGUCG